AUUCUCAAACAGAUUGGUCCAUACAAAGGUUCUGUUCAAUUCAACUUCCGAGCCAAGUAUUUUCCGGAGGAUGUUACAGCAGAACUUAUCCACGAGAUCACCCAACGCUUAUUCUACCUCCAGGUAAAGGAGAGCAUUUUGACGGGCGAGAUAUACUGUCCCAUUGAAACUGCAGUUCUGCUAGCAUCCUAUGCCUGUCAAGCCAAAUACGGGGAUUACGACCCUUCAGUGAUACGAUCGGGGUUCCUUAGAAUCGACCAGAUGCUUCCGCAAAACGUGGUUUCGGAAUCCGGAGAAAACGAUGCCGAACUGGAACAGUCUAUUUUACGGUGGUACAAGGAACACAACAACAUGCUUCGUGCUGACGCUAUGCUCGAGUACUUACGAGUCGCGCAGGAUUUGGAAAUGUACGGCGUCACUUAUUUUCCAAUAAAAAACAAACGAGGGACCAAUUUGUUGCUCGGGAUCGACGCUUUUGGAUUAAAUGUUUAUACGGAUGAUAAUAGACUCACGUGCAACCCAGGUGGAUCUUUCGUCUAUUAUAUUCUUCAGCUGAAACUACUCACAAGGUUGCUGAAAACUUUUCGACAGCCCACGACCGGUUUCGCCCUUUUUGGGACUCAUCAGCUAGGCACAGUCCCCGAGUUUCCGUUAACCCCAAAACUGGGCUUCCCCUGGAGCGAAAUUUCCAAUGUGUCUUUCAAAAAGCAGAAAUUUAUAAUCAAACCCGUCGACAAAUCAAGCAAAGAAGAAUACUCAAGGUUGCUUAAACAUCUCCGACAGUCCACGAUCGGUUUCGCCUUUCUUGGGGCUCAUCAGAACUUGACUUUUUACUCUGAUCAUGUGAAACUGAAUCAAAGAUUACUCAGUCUUUGUGUGGGUACCCACGAAUUAUAUCUUCGUCGAAGAAGGCAAGAACCGAUUGAAGUGCAACACAUGCGAGCCCAGGCAAAUGCCGAACGUGCAAUCAAAAUGAAAGAACGCGAACGCCUAUUCAACGCCAUCCGCGCACAACACGACGCCGAGAAACAGCUGGGGAUGUUAGAAGCUCAAAUGGCAAAAGAAAUAGCCGAGGAAAAUCGUGUCCGUCAGCACGCUGUUGAGUUGGGUGAGAAGGUAAAAGAACUGGAACGACAAUUGUUGGAAGAGACCAAAUUGCGAGAAAAGCUGGAAGAGUCCAAGAAGAGGUUAGAAAGCCGAACACGGGAACUGGAAGAACUGUGUGCUCGGACGACUGGAGAAAAGGAAACCUUUCGCAAAGAGAAACAAGCCAUACAGGAAGAGAUUCGGGGUCUCACUGAAUCAAUCGGACGAAGUUCCGUGAGAUUUGAUAAAAGACGUGCAGAACUAGCUGAGCUGAUACAUCGGCCAAGACGCGAGACUCCAAAACAAUUAGAAGCACGGCAUCACUCUCCCAAACAGCUAGAACCGGUCACUCCGGUGACUGGAAACAAUAAUACGAGCGCAGAGAGAACACCCUUAAGGCAAACGAACGAUGCCCAUGCGAAACCGAGCACACCUGCUCACCCUCUGGAGAAUUCCCAUCGCCUUGCAACUUCUACUUACAGCCUGGACCGACUAUCUGGUGAUUCAUUCACGUUGCCCCCAGCCGAAAGGCCAAAAACAAGUGAAAGUCUACUCUCCCUGGAUACCCGGAGCUGCAAUUCAGUGACACAACGUCGGACUUUCGGUAAGGAUGAACACUUAGCAGCAUCACCCAGAUUGUUGAAACCACAGACACCGUCAUCAAGACAACAACAGCAACAACUAGAGACCACUGAACGCUUACUCGUGUCAACUGGAAAAUCAAGUGACAAAUCGACCAUGAAAGACUAUCGCGAGUUUUGUUUUGAUCUAGAUUACAUAUACAACGCUGAUCGAUACGGACAAAACGGUUUUCCUGAUUCGGGAUGUAUGCCACGUUGUGGAUUACAGGGGGACCAAAAAAAAUGGCGGGAUAUUCAAGUACACGGUAAGUAGGUGAAUGAUCCUAAUAUUUAGUGGACAGCACCUAACAUAUGACCCAAAAAUUUAUCCAGUACAUAGCCAAGUGAUCGUUUGCACACUUCCCUAAAUUUGAUUCCGUUGCCGACUGCUGUCAGCUAUGCGAGAUUCUC